AUGGCUUCCGCUUCUGGUCGCAGUUCGUCGGCCACCGCUGGACGGUCGCAGUCAGCUAAGAGUGUUCCCGAUAAGCAAAUCUCACAAAUCGAAAAAAGUGUCACACAUCUCCUCGUCGCAACGAAACAACUUCUCGAGACCUUGACCCAGUGGUCACGCAAACAAGCCACCGAGACCGAAGUAUCAGAUGUCUAUGUUCGCCUGGGAUAUGAGUUCAAUCUAGCCUGUCGCGCGUUCAACGCAAUCGGAGUGGAAACCUCGGAUCUCGGUCCCGUGCCCGACGUUCUACGCAGCAUUCUCGAAGAUACUCUCAGUCAAGAUGCAUCCUCUCAGAGUUUGGACAGGUACCUUCCUCAAAUUCGCGACAUCAUAAUCAAUCUCCUACACGGCUUGAAGAAGAAGCAGGCUCGGUUGAGAUCUCGACAACAGCGGGAAGAUGGCCGUGCCGGACUGCCUGGCCGCCAAGCGAGCGCCGGGAGCAUUCCGACCAGCUCGGCCAAUAUAGGUCAACUAUACGAUGAAGCAGCCGCCUCAACGAUGCCCCAGCAGACAGCGUCCUUCUCUCCCAAACGACCAACGCGGAGGUAUGGGAGCAGCGGAUCUGCGGAAGAGACUGCCGCUGGUCCGCGUGCCUCGCCCACCCAUGCAAAUCCUUUCACAGCCAUCGUCCCAGGAAAGCGAGAGCACUCCGAGACCAGCCCCGUGCCUGCACCCGCUUCAGCGACCCCGACAGCCUUCCCCGCCCCUCCACCGCCUCCAAAGGAAGAGGAUGCGUUGGGCGCCCUCCAACGGAGUGGUGAGUUGGAGCGAAGAGCCUCUCGUCGAUUCUCAGCAUAUCAGAUCCAGAAGCACCUUGGUACUUCCACGAGCGGAGUCCCUGUUCUCCCCACUCAAAAUUCUCCGAUUCCGAAUCGAGGGCGAGACGUGCGCGAGUCCCUGAAUGCUGUCCGUCUGCGAGGCUCGUAUGCCCACUCAAGGCAACGCUCCUCAAAUCGCCUGCAGGAAAGUGGCAAAACUGCCCAGGCGCAAGCAGCCGUACAAAUACCACAGGCGGUCGAGGAGGGGAAAAGUACGGCUGUGCGUCCGGAACAAGCAAGCAGUGAGGACACCGCACCUACGGCCCCUCUGAUUGAUCAACCGGAGUUGCCCGCCGGAAAGUCUCUCCCAGAUGGUCCAGCUGCCAUCGGGCCAGCGCCCGUCUUCCCUAACCCGCCAAGUCGUCCCUCGCUCGAUGAUGCAUUCGACCCUGAGAAGGUUCCCUCGCAGUCGCCAGUCCCAGCGCCUGGAACUCCCAAAGGCGAACGCUUGGAUCCCCCUAUCAUGGGAACUCCGCCUUCCGCAGCUCAAUUUUCCGUGGAACAACCUUCUCCAGGCAAAGAAUUAACCCUGUUCUUACAGUACAAGAGUAAAAUUAAGAAGUACGUGCUUCCCGGCGGGACCGCCGAACUGACUAUUGGGCGGCUGCAGCUCGCUUUCAUUGAGAAAUUUGCCUGGAACACCCACAACAACGGCGUCGACUUGCCUGAGAUUUACAUUCAAGAUCCCAUCUCGGGAAUUCGGCACGAGCUGGAGGAUUUGGGUGAUGUGAAGGAUCGUUCAGUCCUUGUCCUCAACGUCGAUACUCUAGACGAGGUAAAGAAGCAUUUUGACGACAGCUUUGGUGGCGUGCGCAACCUGGUGGAAGGCGUCAAGGACGUUCUUGAGAGCCAAGGAACUGCCAUUCAGCGGGUCUCAGAUCGGCAACUUGAAGCUGCCAAGGAGAUGGCUCGCCUGGCUACGUUACCCUCGAUGCCCGUUGCUCGGUCAGCCAGCCCCAGUGGCAGCAGCAAACCCUUGCUCACAGGCAACCGCACACAAGUCGCCGAGCUCCAAAGUCUGCGCCGAGACCUGGCUGUUUUGCGACAGACGUAUUCAAACUUUACGUCAGAUAUCACCAGUUCGAUGGCGGCUGUGCGGGCAAAGGCCACUCACGUCAAGUCGGCUGCCGAGAGUGCGGCGAACGCGACGUACGAGGGAGACGCUGGUCGUGCCCGUGUCAAUAAGGGGAAGAAAGAGCUUGCCGACGAGUCAGAACGCCUGGUUUCCCGUGUCGACGACUUGCAAGAUCUUGUGGAAGAUCUGCGCAAGGACGUGGUCCAGCGUGGUGUACGACCUCUGCCACGCCAACUUGAGGGUGUCAAUCGUGACAUCAGCACAGCUUUGAAGGAAAUCAAGAAGAUGCAAGACUUUUUGGGCCGGGAAAAGCCCAUCUGGACCAAAAUCUGGGAGAAGGAAUUGCAGCAGGUCUGCGAAGAGCGGGAUCAGCUCACAAUGCAGGAGGACCUUGCUGCUGAUCUGCAGGAUGAUCUGGAGAAAGCGGCCCAGACUUUUGCCCUCGUGGAACAAGCGACCAAAGAACAAGCUUUGGAGAAGGCUGCGAAUGGCGGGGUCACCUUGCGAGCUACCUCCCGCACCCUUGGAAUUGAUCCCACCGUUGACCCGAUGAAGGCCAAGGACGACCUUCUAGGCGAAGUGCGCGCUCUGCAACCCAACCAUGAAAGUCGCCUUGAGGCCAUCGAGAGAGCCGAGAAGAAUCGCAAGAAGGAGCUCGAGACACGCCGCAUUGGCCUGUUUCAAAAAGAGCUCGGAACAUUUGUGCAAGAAGGAAAGUUGAAGAAGAGCGGUGGUGUUGAAGAGGCCGAACGACUUCGGAACGCAAAGGACGAUCGCAUUCGCAAGGAAGUUUGGGAACGCCAGCAAGCCCGAAACGCAGAAAUGGAGAAGGCUGAGGCCGAGGCUGCUGCCGCUGCCGCCGCGGACGCCGACGCCACCGAUGGUGCUGAUGCUGAAGUUGGCGAAGGUGCUGCAGACGCUAUAGAGCAUGAGGAUGCAACUGAUGCCUCACCAGCCGCGCAGGACGUUGAUGCUGUCUCACAUUCUGAUGGCGGUGAAGAGAAGAAAACGCCCGCGGAAGGUGAAACGAGGGUCGAAUCACCUGAUGUUGCCAACUAA